ACUUUAUAUGACUGUGUUUACUAUUUGCAUAAUUCCCCUUUUCUAAUCUUUUAUGAUGUUUCAUCUUUUCUACUGGUGACUUGUGUUCCAGUAGACCUUUGAUCUUUUCCUACUUUUGUUAAAGCCUGUCUUUGAUCUUGCCCACUUCCUGGAAGAAUAGAGGAUGUCUUUUGUGUCCUCUGCCUUUUAUUACUGACUGGUGCCCCAGUUGUGUACUCCUUCAGGAGCUAAGCAGGAUGUAGGGACACUUAAUCCCUGGUUGUUGAUCACACCUUGCAGAAGCUGUGAAAACCACAAACUCUGCUGAGUGUUCAUCUGCCUGGUUACUAAAUGACCAAUCAGUAUUAGAGUCUUGUGUGACAAUUUGAAGUUUGACCAAUGAGAGCCUGGCUAGUCAUGUGAUCAGGGCAUGGUCUUGGUGCUAGCUGCCCCAAAAUUUUUGCAGAGCUUGGCAUUCCUGAUUCUGCCAUCGUGCUGACUGCAUGCCUGCCAUUUUCACCAGCCAUUUUGCAUCAUUUUUGUUGUUCGAUUGGAGGAUCCUGAUUCCAAGUUCCCUCCUUUUUGCACGAAUGUUGGCUCUCUGUUUUAGGCUAAAAAGACUGGACCGUGUCACUUCAAGGGAGAGCUAGGCGGAGCCCUCUGCGCGUUCCCCGAUCUGCCCUCAAGACACCACAUUGCCUGCUCCAGCACUUCCAAGAUCCAUCGGUAUCCCCGACGUCCGAGACCAACAGCUGUCCAGCACGUCGGAGAACCAUCAUUUCCUUCGGCAUCCAAGACAUUGGAGCGUCCCUAGACACAGCCACCAGCAUUGCCCUAGACAAAGCCACUUCAUCUUUCAAGACCUCGCAAGUAUCCCUUUGUUUUACGGUACCGACAAAUGACGAGAGUCGUCAUUUCUACUCCACCUUCAACUGAACCUUUCAUCAACUAGUCUACUUUGUCACUUCGUUCUUCUAUUGUCUUCAAGCUCUUCUACGCCAUGUAUGGACUCCCGAACUACCGCGGAUGGACGAAAUCGCGAGUUUAAUCAUUUUAUAGUUUUGGCGCCUUUUUUUCUGAGCUCUAGCUUUGUAUUUUAAAAUCUUACAGGAUCCUGUGUUUUCUGUGAAUUAUAUUUAACCUCAUUGCAUUUUUCAUUUGUAUUGCCAUUGCUUGAGACCACUUUAUUUCUGGCAAUAAAACAUAUUUCAUUGUGUACGUAAAUCCCGAAUUGUGUGAAGUCAAGAGUUCUUUUUCAAAAGGGAGUUGAAUUAAUAUAAAAUUUGGUUCCUGUUAUUUUGGAAUGUGAACCACGGGUUACAUUUUGGGGGCUUGUCCGGGAAAUAUUUUAUUUUUUGAUUUGACUUGACUUUGAGUAUAAGGGAUUUGUGUGCACAUUGAUUUUGUUUUGUUGUUGGAUUAAGAGUCGGUAUUUAUUGUUUGAUAUUGUUCAGUGAUUGAUGCUAACGGUUACUCUCACCAUUAUUUACCCUGUGACUUGCUAUUCCGUUGAUUGAUGCAAAUUGUUUUAUCUCAUAUGUUAUUUACUCUGUGAUUGCUAUUGCUCUAUUGAUUGACGCUAACUGUUUUCUCAAAGGUAUAUUAUUUAUCCUGUGAAUUAUUUUUAUACUUGCCAAGAGAGCCAACAUCCGUGCAAAUUCCCAUUUUUUGGCUAUUCCCCAUUUUUCUAUGCGUAUUGUAUUUUCUGUUUGUUCAAAUUUCACUUGUGUCGCACUAUGGCGGAUGCAGCACUCAGACAGAAGGGUGUGGAUUGGUGUAAGAAGGAUGAUCUCCGACCCACUCACUCUGUUUUGUUGACAUUUCAACUGUCUAGCCCAUUGGUUGAAGAUACAGAUAUUCUUGCCUGCUCUUUGCAUGAUAUUUUCCCUUCAUUGGAAGGUCUUUCUAGGAAAGACACUGAUGACCAGAGUUCUGCUAUUUUCCUCUGUGAUUUCUCUCAGCCCAUCUCUUCUCUAGGACUAAGGACCGAGAUUAAUCUCAGCUGUCACGGGUCAUCGACACUCUGUCGAGUCAUCCGGCUGGAUGACUCCCCAUCAAAGCGUGUCACCAUUAGCCACCUACGGAAGAGUGGUGUGCUGAACGCAUGGAACCUGAGAGAGAGGACUCCUGCAUCUCAGUCUCCGUCCACUUCAGAUUCUAAUUCUUCUUCCCAACAAUCUCUUCCUUCCGACUUCACUAGAUCUUUUGCUCGCUGUACUCUGGCAGCAAACUACAGAAAGCUCAGAUGUUUUUCUGGUUCCUCCACACCGUCCCGUGAUGAAGAUGACUACGUCUCCUGGAUAGACCAUGUCGAGGGGCAGAUGGAUGAGUGGCAGGAUCUUGAUGAUGCCGAGAAGAGGAAACGCAUUCGCGAGGCUUUGCGUCCACCCUCACUGAACAUCAUCAACGAUCUGCGUCGAGACAACCCUGCUGCUAUGUCACAUGAGUAUUUGAAGGCUCUCGACAUUGCGUUCGGCGACACUGAGACGGACGACGAGUUAUUUGUGAAAUUUCACAGUUUGACUCAGACCCAAGGCGAGUCUCCAUCAAAGUUUCUGACGAGGUUGCAGAAUGUGUUGAGGCGAGCACUGAGGAGGGGUGUUGUCCCUCAUGCCCAGUCCAACAGGGUGCGGCUUAGCCAAUUCAUCCGUGGUAUUCUGUUCGACGAGAUGCUACUGGUCAACCUACAACUUAGGGACAAGAUGGAUCAGCCACCAUCGUUCCUGAGCCUGCUGUCCAUGGUUAGGAAACAGGAGGACGAGACCAGACUCAAGUCAGAAAGUCGUGGUCGUCCGACCAGAGGACCGGGAAAGGCCCAGCACCUACAGCAUGCUGCAAAUCCUCAGACUCAGUUUUCUCACUCUGCCGAUCCUCAGGCACAUUUUUCUCACUCUGCCCAUCCUCAGGCACAUUUCUCCCACUCUGUCAAUCCUCAGGCACAAUUCUUCUACCAGAAUGCUUCGCCAAUGCAGCAUUCCACUCCACAGACGUCGACUCAUGGUUUCCGAGGCCCUGCAAAAGGACGGCAACCCCGCCAGAACCCUGACCGAGGCCAUGAGAGGGGCACUCUGGUAGAUUUUUGUUUCUCGUGUGGCCAGGAAGGACACAUCCGCCGGAGAUGCAUGAACCCGGCCAACGCUGAAGUUGUCAACAGAAAGUUGAUCAAGUUUGUUCUUGGUGGACCGUCGGGAAACGGGCAAGGACAUCUGCAGGAGGGGACCCAGAUGUCCGAACGCCAGUAAACCCCAAGGUUCGGUACGAG